CCCAUUUUUGGUGAAAGAGAGAACCCAUUCCCGCGUGAGUAUCACAAAAAAGAAUCAGUUGUCCUCUCUCUAUUAUAUUCUAAUAAGGACAAUCACCAGUCUGUUUGCUUUUCUUCAUCAAUCCAUUGCCUUUUGAUCGCAUUCAGUUUAAUUGUUUCUCAGUGUAUCAUUCGCUUUCUGAAAUGGGUUUCAUCAUUUCUCACAAAUGAACUAAAGGUUUGACGUUUUAUUAACACUUGCAUGAUCCAAGAAAGAAGCCCUUUCUUAUAAAGUUCCAAACUUUACACUCAAACAUCUUUAAAGAAAAAAAUGGAGUCUGAGAGAAGUGACAAGGAACUAGUGGUUACACAAGUCAGUAUAGGAGGGUUUGAUAAUAAUAUCACUGCAAAGAGGCUUUUGGACUACAUUGAAGCAAAAGCAGGACAAGUUUGGAGGUGUAGGCUAAAAAAAUCUUCAACACCUCCCGACACUUACCCUGAAUUUGAUGCUGACCUGGAAAACAUUCAAAAACUGAAUGAUUAUGAGAAAGUAGAGCCCCAUGCUUUUGUCCAUUUCGUUGACCCUGAUUCAGUCAACUCUAUAAAAGAAGCUGAAGGCAAAUGUGAACUUGUUCUGGACAACAACUAUUUAAAGGUCAACUUAGGGCCCGAAAAUCCUUACCGAAUGAACCAACGUAGAAGGACGAAAACGCCCUUCAAGUUGUCAAAUGUGGUUCUGGAAAUCGGGCUGUUAGCUAGCCGGGAUAAGUUUUUAGUAGGCUGGAGAGGGCCUUCUUCUGGGCUUGACUUUCUGAUUGACCCGUUUGACUGUAGUUGUAAGUUUCUCUUUACCAAAGACACAGCUUUCUCUUUUAAAGGUACAAAAGAUCAUGCUGUGAUUAAAUGCAACUACAAAGUGGAAUUUUUAGCAAGAGAUGUGAAUGAUAUCAAAGAGUACAUGGAUUAUUCACAGGCAUCUCAGGUGUUAGUUUUCCAGUUAGCUUCAGCUCCUCUGAUCUCCUACAGAACAGCAGAUGAUGACAUUGCUAUUACACACCCAUCUGAAAUGUUGGAUGAUGAUGAUCCCUGGAUCCGGACCACUGAUUUCACGCCAGGUGGCGCGAUUGGGAGAUGCAACACCUACCGUAUUUUGAUCCGGAUCCGUGAUGUCCCAAAAGUGAAAAAAGCUUUGGAGUUUCUUAAAGAACAAAGGGUACACAUCGAUCACCCUACAAGAAAUCUAAAAGUUGAAAACGAACCAGAUUUCGGAUCCCCUUUGCGGGACCCGUUUUUCUGCAUUCAAUACAAGAUGGACAUACCCUUCAAAGUCUUGUUUUUGGUGAAUGCUGUGUUAAAUAAGUGCAUCAUUAAUCAACAUCAAUUCACAGAAAAGGUAUUCGAUUUACUUAGGGACGCGAAAGAGGAGGUGACUGUUGCUGCCUUAAAACACAUCUGCUCUUACCGUAGACCUGUGUAUGAUGGAUUUACACGGGUCAAAAUCGUUCAAGAAUGGCUGAUGAACAACCCUAAACUCAUUGAUGAAGAAGGAGGACAAAAGGAUAUCAUUGAAGUGAGAAGAUUGAUCAUUACUCCAAGUAAAGCCUAUUGUUUGCCUCCAGAAGUUGAACUUUCAAACCGUGUUCUUCGACACUAUCGCGAUGUUUCUGAUCGGUUUUUACGUGUCACCUUCAUGGAUGAAGGUAUGAGAACAUUAAACAACCAUGUUCUCAAUUUCUACCCUGCUCCCAUUGUAAAAGACAUAACAUCGAGUUUUAUAGCACAAAAAACAACCAUGUUUAGACGUGUGAAGAACAUUUUGAGUCAAGGGUUUUACUUAUGUGGGCGAAAAUACUCUUUCUUGGCUUUUUCUGCAAAUCAAUUACGUGAUCGAUCCGCAUGGUUUUUUGCUGAAAAAGACAAGCUUACUUGUAAAGAUAUAAUCUCUUGGAUGGGGAAAUUCAAUAACAAAAAUGUCGCGAAAUGUGCUGCAAGAAUGGGACAAUGCUUUUCAUCAACAUACGCGACAGUUGAGGUCCCAAGACAUGAGGUCGAUUUGGAACUCGAAGACAUUAAAAGAAACGGGUAUACAUUCUCAGAUGGGGUCGGGAAAAUUUCUCCUGAACUUGCCCUUGAAGUUGCUGAAAAACUACAAUUGAAAGACAAUCAACCAUGUGCAUAUCAGAUUAGAUAUGCAGGGUGUAAAGGGGUAGUUGUGUGGUGGCCUGAUAAAAAAGGAGAUAAUAUAAAACUUUCUUUAAGGCCAAGUAUGAAUAAAUUCGAAUCUGAUCACACAGUUCUUGAAAUAUGUUCUUGGACUAGGUUACAACCCGGGUUUUUAAACAGACAGAUUAUAACUUUACUUUCGGCUUUGAAUGUGGAAGAUGAUAUCUUUUGGAAUAUGCAAAUGAAAAUGGUGAAGAAGUUGAACUUAAUGCUUACAGACACUGAUGUUGCAUUUGAUGUCCUCACAGCUUCAUGUGCUGAAAGUGGAAACACAGCUUCGAUAAUGUUGGGUGCGGGUUUUAAACCUCAAAGUGAGCCUCAUCUUAGGGGGAUGUUAAGUAGUAUUCGAGUUGCUCAACUUGAAGAUUUGAGGGAAAAAUCAAGAAUUUUUGUGCAAGAUGGAAGGUGGUUAAUGGGGUGUUUGGAUGAAUUGGGUGUUCUUGAACAAGGUCAGUGUUUUAUUCAAGUAUCGAAUCCGUCUGUUGAGAAUUGUUUUGCGAAACACGGGUCAAGGUUUUGUGAUACAGAUAGGAAUUUGAAGGUGAUUGAGGGUAAUGUGGUAAUUGCAAAAAACCCGUGUCUUCAUCCGGGUGAUGUUAGGGUUUUGAAAGCAGUGAAUGUUCCGGGACUGGAACAUCUUUUCGAUUGUUUGGUGUUUCCCCAGAAGGGUGAUAGGCCCCACACGGAUGAAGCUUCGGGAAGCGAUCUUGAUGGGGAUCUCUAUUUCGUUACCUGGGAUGAAAUGCUUAUCCCACCUAGUAAAACAAGCUGGCCACCAAUGGAGUAUACUGCUGCCGAAGCUAAACAGUUGCCACGCGAUGUUAAACACUCGGACAUAAUAGAGUUUUUCACAAAGAACAUGGUGAACGACAGUCUUGGAACAAUUUGCAACGCGCAUGUGGUCCAUGCUGACAUGAGCGAUUACGGAGCUCUGGAUGAAAAAUGCGUAAAACUGGCAGAACUAGCCGCCACAGCCGUCGAUUUCCCAAAAACCGGGAAGAUUGUCAGCAUGCCACCUCAGCUGAGACCAAAGCUAUACCCUGACUACAUGGGUAAAGAAAGUUUCCAAUCUUACAAAUCCAAAAAAAUCCUCGGGAAACUCUAUCGCCAAAUCAAAGACGUUUACAACGAUGAUGUCAUGCCGUCUUCAGAGCUUCACAUCCUCCCAACCCAUGUUCCAUAUGACAAAGAUCUUGAGAUUCUAGAAGCUUCAAACUUUAUAAAAGAGGCAUGGGGAUCUAAGCUAUCAUAUGACAGACAACUAAACGGUCUUCUCGGACAGUACAAGGUGGCCCGUGAAGAAGAAAUUGUCACGGGUCAUAUAUGGUCAAUGCCAAAACACAGUAGCAAGAAACAAGGGGAAAUGAAAGAAAGAAUCAAGCAUGCUUAUAGCGCGUUAAGGAAAGACUUCCGGAAGGUGUUUGACCAUUUAGGUCCUGAGUUUGACCAGCUUCCGGAAGAAGAGAGAAACGUGAUGUUUGAGAGAAAGGCGUCGGCUUGGUACCAGGUUACUUAUCAUCCGGAUUGGGUUAAGGAAUCAUUGGAUUUGCAAGAACCUGAUGGGGGAAGUGAAACUGUGAAUUUGAGUUUUGCAUGGAUUGCAGCUGAUUAUCUUGCGAGAAUUAAGAUUAAGAAAAGGGGAAAAGGAGACGGGAAUUCGUGUAAACCGAUUGAUUCGCUUGGCCGAUAUCUUGCUGACCGCAUGUGAUUUAGUUGCUGUUACUGUUACAUACUUUUGGCUGCAAGACCACUCUGCCACUUUCUCCCUGAAUCAAGGUGUUGGUUUUUCUUUAUUAAUGCAAUGAAAUCAUGUUCAAUAUUAUAUAUAUUUAAAGGUGAGACCUAAUGAAAAAUCAAAAGUCGUAUUUUUCUGACUUUUUUCUA